CAAUAUCUAAUUGUAUGUACAAUCGUGCAUGAUAUCACAAGCUUCCCUUUCGGCUAUGGCCUCUUUCCGAUUGGACAGUUCACCGUGCUUUCAUAUCCUAUCCAGGUAUAUCGCUCUUCUACGCUUCAUCUUAUGCUUUCGCUGCUUGAACUUCCACCUCCGCUCCAAAUUUCUGUACUGUUCAGCUAUCCGAAUAUGAAACCCAGCUAGUCAUCGUAUCUAUAAUUUAGAUGGGUCAAAAUUGAACUCUGCAUAUCUCCUAUUAGCCCUAUUGUCGAAGAUGUGUAUGAACCACUCUAAGGUUCUAAUUAUCAGUUUUUGAUUAUUACACUAUUUGCUUUGUGACAAUUUUGCAAUUCUAAACAUACUGAUUUCUUCACAACAUACGGGUUCCACUGUAUGUUUUUUUUGUCUAAAUCUGCCUCUUUCAGCUUUUAAAAUAUUUAGAACAUGUAUUACAAUUUACAUUAAGACUCAGGUUGAACGAAAAAAUCUUAGCUUAAUAUUUGGUAGAAUUGGAGUUUACCAAAAACUUUUACUCAAAAAGUCAGGAGAUAUUCAGUCUAUCACGCCUGGCUCUAAGAUAUUUGAUAUUAUCUAUUUACAUUAGGGAUUGAGGGAAUCUACAUUUUUUUCAGAUCCUUAUUGCUCGGGCAUAAAGUAAAGCCUUUACACAGAGAAGUUGGAUUGCUAUGUGACCAAGUUAGUUUUGGUGAGAAAUUUGGCAGAGCAAACAUCAUUUCUUUAUAUAGACAGAAGAUUCUUCACUGCAGUAAAGUUUAACCAUCAUGUCUUGGUGUACCAUUGAAUCUGAUCCCGGGGUUUUCACUGAGCUCAUUCAGCAGAUGCAAGUAAAAGGAGUGCAGGUUGAAGAAUUGUAUACAUUGGACCUUGAUGCUCUCAAUGACCUUAGGCCAAUCUAUGGAUUAGUUUUUCUUUUCAAGUGGCGCCCUGGCGAAAAAGAUGACCGUCUAGUGAUCAAGGACCCCAACCCCAACUUAUUUUUCGCUAGCCAGGUUAUCAAUAAUGCAUGUGCCACCCAAGCAAUCCUAUCAAUCCUUCUGAACAGCCCAGACAUUGACAUAGGCCCAGAACUUUCUCAGCUAAAAGAAUUCACAAAGAAUUUUCCACCCGAGCUCAAGGGUUUAGCCAUCAACAACAGUGAUUCGAUCCGGGCUGCCCAUAACAGCUUCGCAAGACCAGAGCCGUUCGUUCCUGAGGAGCAGAAAACUGCAGGGAAAGACGACGAUGUCUAUCAUUUCAUAAGUUACAUUCCAGUCGACGGCAUACUGUAUGAGCUUGAUGGGCUGAAAGAAGGGCCCAUCAGCCUUGGACAAUGCCCCAGUGGGCCGAAUGAGGAUUCUGAGUGGUUGCGAUUGGUUCAGCCAGUGAUUCAGGAAAGGAUUGAGAGGUAUUCAAGGAACGAAAUAAGGUUCAACCUGAUGGCCAUAAUCAAGAACAGGAAAGAAAUGUACACUGCUGAGUUGAAGGAGCUUCAGAGGAAAAGAGAAAGGAUUCUUCAGCAAUUGGCUGCUUUACAAUCAGAGAGGGUUAUGGUGGAUGGAAGUAACGUGGAGGGACUGAAUAAAACACUAACGGAAGUGAACUCUGGCAUUGAAGUGGCUACUGAGAAGAUACUGGUGGAAGAAGAGAAGUUCAAGAAAUGGAAAACCGAAAACAUCCGCAGAAAGCACAACUAUAUUCCCUUCUUGUUCAACUUCCUGAAGGUUCUUGCCGAAAAGAAGCAGUUGAGACCUCUUAUAGAGAAGGCAAAACAAAAAGCUAGCAAAUCGUAAUAGGUCUGGAAAAAGUGUACGCACAGCUCAAGUAUGGUAUGAUCUUUUUUCAUUGCUGUUGCAUGGUAUUAAUCAAUAUUAUUAUCACGUUUUAGUUAUUACUGAGAUUUUGCUUAAACUACAAUGAUCUUAUAAUAUUCACUGGGAUUGUUUGCUUAUCUCGUUUUAGUUAUUACUGAGAUUUUGCUUAAACUACAAUGAUCUUAUAAUAUUCACUGGGAUUGUUUGCUUUUGAUUUAAUAGAUUUGGAGUUGUUUACUUGUAACUUAAUGGCCUUGCCAGGGGAUUGACUUAAUUGACGGUAUCUCAAUUGGUUCUUUUGCCAAGGAAUAGUGUUUAUUUAGUAUACUAAAAUAAACACUCUCUUACACAAAGGCCAGUGGUUUAAUACAGAUACACAUUUUAAUUUGGAUAGAACCUAUGUAAAAAAUAAACCAACCGCUAUUGAGAAAGUCACUUGAUUGUUGUGUUUAUAAAUGUCUUAGUUGUAAAUGCGACUUAUUUUUUCAGACAAAUACCGACUUGUUCAUUUAAUUCAUAUACAUUUCAAUUUAGUCUACCUAUUUAGACAGAAAAGUUCAACUUAAAUAACAUCUGAAGUUCAACAACCGCUGUUGAUAUUGUUUAUUCAACAUCUUGAAGUGAGUAGUCCUUAAGGAAAGACUACUCAAUCUAGAUAGAUGUACGAUCGGUUCUGAGUUCAUCCCUAAUACGGAAUAUUUUUGAACAAGAAUGGGAUUGACAUGUGCUCGGUUUCGGGUCCCUGGGAACUGGGAACUGUUCUUGCGUUCCUGUUUGCAGGAGGGAAAAGAAAUUGAGUAGUCUUGGCAAGAAUUGUUGGUGAUUUUAGUGUCACCGGCCAUUUUGUGUAAUUGGAAAUGACAUGAGUGUCAAUGGGAAUUAGAACUAUGAUCUAAUACAAGUUAGUAGGUGUGGAGUGCA